UUUAAGGAGACAAGCCCAAGUCUGCUCUGUUAGGCCGUAGUACUAACUAGCGUAGCUGAAGCUGACCGGUAUCGGCAGCUGAAGGAAACGAACUACCAGACUCGGCGCUGCGGUUCCAUUGGGAGAAAAAAUAAAAACGAAUAAAGAUGGCGGGAGUAUCAGAGGUACAAAGGAGAUCUGGAGGAAGGCCAUUGGGCCCUCCUCCUAGAGGUCUUCCUCCUGUUCAGCCUGUUGAUCGUGAAAAGACGUGUCCUUUGUUGCUUCGCGUUUUUACUAAGAUAGGGAGUCAUCAUUCCAAGGAAGAUUUUGCCGUGAGAGGCAAGGAGCCCAAGGAUGAGGUCCAAAUCUACACAUGGAAGGAUGCUACUCUUCGAGAGUUAACUGAUCUGGUCAAAGAGGUGGCUCCAGCAGCAAGGAGAAGAGAUGCUAGACUUUCAUUUGCUUUUGUAUAUCCUGACAAAAAUGGACGUUUCGUGGUGCGAGAGGUGGGAAAGACAUAUUCCAAUAGAAGUGGAAAAUUAGAUGAUGGCAAAGCAUUGGCUGAGCUUGGCUUCCAGAUUGGAGAUUACUUGGAUGUUGCAAUUCUGUAGAGAAGAUUUCGCUGCGGUUUCAAAAGGGUGCAUCAUCAGGUUGAUUUGGGAUCAUUGAUUUAUGCUUGAGAUGCAAGGGGUGAUCAGAAAGAUGCUAACAUGUUGCAGUUGCCAAAGUACUUAAAAAUUUUAGAAAUUGCUGAGCCAUGGCAAACAAUCACAAUGUUACAAGUAAACAGACGCUAGAGUAAUUAUCCCAUGCAGCUUGAACUUUGUUAAGAGUUUUUUGAAGCCACUGCUGUGAGGCUUCAGGGGAAUGAACUGUACUAAUUGUAUGUGCAUCAAUGGAAUUUUAGUAUGGCCUUGCUUUUUC